ACUUGAAAAGUGGGUCUAAGCUGGGCGGAUUCACACCAUUCCCACGUUGGGCUGCCGAGCAAAGAGGAAGGCGUUACAGUAUUCUCUUCUGGCACCGAGGAAGUCUCGUUCUACAGAUAAAUUCGUUCAUUUUUUGAAGAACCUGAACAAAGUGAUCUGUCUCUUUUCUCAGACGAAAUUUGAUCAAGAAUACCUUUCAUGAUGAUGUACAGGAAAAUUGUCGUCGUCAUGCUCUUGGCGACACUUGUAUCAUCUGGCUUUUGCCAAGACUGUUCCUCGGAUCCUUGCGAAGAUGGUGCUCCUUGUGUCAACGCUACUUUGGGAUACUACUGUCAAUGUCCAGUUGUUCCUGUUUCUGCUUCAUCGUCAUUUGAAACUGUUUACUCUGGACAGAACUGUGAUGAAUCAUUUACUGGGGUCGCUGGAUGCAAUAUCAAUUACUACGACAGUGAAGGGAAUAUCACGAGUCCUGGUUACCCAAAUGAUUACCCAAAUCUUCAGGAUUGCUACUCUCAUCUGAAAAUCGCAGAUGCAACACAAAUCACGCUCAUCCUAGAGGAAUUCAAUUUAGAACCACAGGUCAAGGACACCCUCCUUUUUGGAAAAGGUCCCGCAAUCUAUGAAGUAGAUCCCAUGCAACCUGACAUUUAUGAAUUUGGUGGAGACCUCACAAGCUUACCUCUGAGCGAAAGGACAUAUGUAUUCAACGACACAAACCAAAUCUUCUUCUACUUCUACUCGGACAAAAACGAAGUCUAUCCGGGUUAUCGCAUUUCCUAUACGGCUGAUAUUGAUUCGUGUGUGUCUGGACCAUGUCUUAAUAACGCAACUUGUAUGGAUGAAUACUAUGACUACUCAUGUAUUUGUGCGCCUGGGUAUACCGGUAGAAACUGCGGAGUCGAUAUCAAUGAAUGUGGCUCCAUGCCGUGCGACAAUGGUGGGAAUUGCAUGGAUCUUGUUAAUGGACAUUUCUGCGAUUGCCCUAUGGGAUUCAGUGGUGAUUACUGUGAAAUUAAUAAAGAUGAAUGUAUGGCUACUCCGUGUCGGAAUGGGGGUUCGUGUACUGAUGGUAUAGCAGGAUACACUUGUACCUGUGCACCAGGAUGGGACGAUCCCAAUUGUCAAACAAAUAUUGACGAAUGUGAUUCUCAGCCCUGCCUGAACGACGGAACAUGUACAGAUGAAAUUAACAUGUACACAUGUACCUGUGCAGCAGGAUACACGGACGAACAGUGUCAAACAGAUAUUAACGAGUGUUCUUCCAACCCUUGUGAGAACGGGGGUGCGUGUACCGAUCAGAUUGCAAUGUACACAUGUGACUGUGCAGCAGGAUUCAUGGGUGACAAUUGUGAAACGAACAUCAACGAGUGUAUGAGUAUGCCGUGUGAAAAUAGUGGUACUUGCGUGGACGGGAUCAACAAUUACGUCUGUAUCUGUACAGACACCGGGUUCGACGGAACCAACUGCGACAACAAUAUUGAUGACUGUGCUAAUAACCCGUGUGAGAAUGGCGGUACAUGUACGGAUGGGAUCAAUGAUUACAGUUGUACUUGCGAGCCUGGAUACAUCGGAGACGACUGUGAAAUAAACUUCAACGAGUGUGGAAGCACACCCUGUCAGAACAACGGAACAUGCAUGGAUGCAAUCAACAGCUACACGUGUGACUGUAUGGAUGGAUGGACCGGUCCGUUAUGUAAUGAAAAUAUUGACGAAUGUGCUAGUAAUCCUUGUUCUAAUGGUGGAACGUGUGAUGACGGAACCAACGAAUUCAGCUGCCAAUGCGCUCCUGGGUGGACCAACCUUACAUGUGAAACUAAUAUCGAUGAGUGCGAGAGUGGCCCAUGUCAAAAUGGCGGUACGUGCUACGAUGAGGUAAAUGGCUACACAUGCAUGUGUCCCGUAGGUGCAAAUGGUACAAACUGCGAGAUACUUGCGAACGCCUGUAUGAGUGACCCUUGCGCAAACGGAUCUACCUGCGUCAAUUCCGGAGUUGACUUUAUCUGUAUAUGCGCACCGGGCUUUGAAGGGGAUCGUUGUGAAUCGGAAAUCAACGAGUGCCUCAGCCUACCGUGCCAAAAUGGCGGUACAUGCACAGAUGGACUGGACAUGUUCACAUGCGACUGCCGCUUCGGAUACUCGGGACUGAUCUGCGAAAUAUUCGAUCUGUGUGAUUUACAGGGAACCUGGUACAACGAAAUCAACGAUAAAUUGAUCAUCGUGCAGACAUCUACUGGCAUGCUUUUGGGAGACUACAUGACGUAUGUCGAGCAGCUUACUGGCAUGGCAGCCUCCACCGUUGCUCUGGGGUAUGCGGGGCUAAACCCUACUAACCCAACGUUCGGCUUUACCGUGGUCCGAUGGGAAGGCCAAUCAACAACCAGCUGGACCGGACAGUGCCAGAUCUGUGAUCAGCAGGAAGUCCUUUACUCAACCUGGAUCAACAUUCUAUCCGUCAAUACGUGUUUCGAAGUCAGGGAAGCAACAAAAAUCGGGCAGGACAAAUGGACUCGAUACAUGCAAAGCACAGCACCUUCGAACAGCACUGUUUGAAUUAUGUAGACCUUUCGGACGAAGGAGAAUGUUUACUUCAUCUUACUUCAGCUCGUAUCAUAGGAUAAUACGGAAAGUAGAAGAUUGGUAUCAACCAAUAAAUUUCAAAAUGUCGUCUUUUUGUGAAGGCAAUUCUAAAUCUGCUGGUUUGUGGUUUAGCUUUGAUCGUACGUAAAUAUAAAUACUUUUAGAUUUUACCGUAGCUUAUGUUAUGUUUUUGGUUAUAAUAAGAGGGAUUAUAUCUAUAUUUGUUAUUUGUUAUAAAAUGUUUCCCUAUUUGUACUUUUUGUGUCGUUUUAGAGGAUAGUAAUAUACACGAUACUGGUAUAAAAGCAUUCUAUUUGGAAGGGUGUUGUGGUUUCAUUUUUGUUCUCUAUGUGUGCUUACAAUAUUACUUCAGUACGCAUACCUGUAAUAAGAGAGAA